AUGGCUCAAAUUUUCUACUUUGCUCUUAUCCUUGUAGUUUUUGGAAAGGCAAUGUCACAAAAACCCGAGUAUUUCAAAGGAGAUUGCAAUGCUCUAAAGCGUGACAAAAAAGGUAUAAGAGCUCGAUUGGAAAAUGAGAUAAGCAACGUAGUUCCGAUACGUUACAACUGCUAUGUCGAAAAACUUGCUAGAAAGGAUGUCGCAAAUGUACUCAGUACCAAUCCUUACAAGUAUCAGCGUGGCAAUUUGAUACUUGAUGGUUUACUUUUAUACACGGAGUGGCCUUUCAGUGAGAAGGUACUGAUCAAAACGGUGAGGCAAUUUGCCAAAAAAUUGCAUAAGGUAAGUUGCCAACGUUGA